CUGUAUAUAUUUCUGUCAAAGAAAAUAUGCACAACGCUUACUUUAGCUCAGCCAUGGCGCUUAGGAGCAAAGGGUCUCUUUCUUUUUCCUUCAAUGAUUACCGUUACUUAUUGAAUGAAAGAAUUGAGAAAUCUUCAUAUCCUCCUUGUACUUGCUGUGCUUUAUCAAUCCAUAGAGUGCCCAUAUACCUUAGAUUUUUAUAUGGGUCGAGGCAGUCUUCCUUGAUUCAUUGCUCGUGUUCUAGGAGGCUCAUCUUAGUUGGUUUUGACCGUUACUGUCGCUUGCCCCUUUGUGAUCUUGAUCGAGGCUGCAAUGGAGUUUCUUGCUCUCUUGAGGAGAGUAGUGUUUGUAGGAGGAGGAGGAGGAGGAGAGAUGGGAGGUUUGGUUGUAUGGUUUGGGAGGAGAAGAGUGAGAGUUGUGAUUCAGGUAUUGAUGGAAGUGCUGAAGCAAUGCUCAGCUUGUUGACUGAAGAACUUGGUGAGAAGUUUGUUGUUCGAUCAGCAGCAAGGCGAGACCUAGUGGAGAAGAGAGGGAGAGUAGUUGAUGAACGUUUUGGGAAAGAAAAGGAGUCUGUUCUGGCCAAAUCGUCGGAGAGGAAUUCAAAGGGUGCAUAUGAAUCUAUUACAGUUAGGUUGAGGGAAAAAUUUCAUCAGCCGACAGGGUCAGGGAGAGUAGUUGAUGAAAGUUCUAGGAAAGAAAAGGAGUGUGUUCAGGACAAAUUGUUGGAGAGGAAUUCAAAGGGUGUAUGUGAAUCUAUUACAGUUAAGUCUAGGGGAAAAUUCCAUCAGCGGUCAGGGUCAGGGAGAAUAGUCAAUGAACGUUCUAGGAAAGAAAAGGAGGGUGUUCAAGACAAAUCGUCGGAGAGGAAUUCAAAGGGUGCAUGUGAAUCUAUUACUGUUAAGUCGAGGGGAAAAUUCCAUCAGCAGUCAGGGUCAGGGAGAGCAGUUGAUGAACGUUCUAGGAAAGAAAAGGAGUAUGUUCAGGACAAAUCGUUGGAGAGGAAUUCAAAAGGUGCAUGUGAAUCUAUUACAGUUAAGUCGAGGGAAAAAUUCCAUCAGCAGUCAGGGUCAGGGAGGAGUGAAGCUUCUUCAAGGACUAAAAAUGAUGGGCUUAGAAGAGAAGGUUCAGGCUGCUCAUCGUACUACUCAGUGUUAUCUUCUAGUGAUAUUGAGAGGGAUACCGAUGUUCAGGUUAAACAUGCAGAGUUUGUUGGGGAAUCUUCAAGUGGUUAUUCAGAGAAGGAAUUGAGAAGUAGCAGAGAGGAUGUUCUUGGAGUGGAUGUCAGGAAACAGUUUAAGAGUUAUGAUGAAGAUUUAGGCAGAUACAGGGAAAUCUCGAGACAGAGAAACGCUGCAGGGUCUGCAGUCGGGUCAGAUACAAUGAGGAGUGGUCAUGAAGGGAGUUUAAGAAGCAAGGCUGAGAACAAGAUUACUGAGAUAUCUGUUGGGCCACUAGAAUCAAGGGGAGAGUUUUCACAGAAGUUCUCCACAAAAGGUGAGUUUAAAGAGAGUGGCAUAGAAAUGGUUUCUAGUCAUGAGAAGCAAUUCAGAGGUAGGGAAGGGGAUUCAACUUCAUUUGUGAAUUUGGUUGAGGGAACAGCAGAGAGUAAUAGUCAAAUCGGUCUAAUGAUUCAUGAACAUACAGAUUCAAGAAGAAAAUCCCAACAAGUUCAAAAUAUGUCAGAGAUUCAUGCAAUUGAUUUGCAGAGGGCCUCCAGCUCCCGAAAGCGAUUCAAUGGCAAAGAAGGGGACUUAACUUUUGCUGUUAAUUUGGUCCAGGAAACUGGAGAGGGAAAUAGAAAAACAGUUAAUGAAACUAUUGAAACAACUGACUUAAGAAGAAAAUCACGACAGCUGACCAAAGUUUCAAAGGAUAGUAACCUUGAAAGGGCUAACACUUCACAGAAGGGUUUUGAAACUGGAAUGAAUAUCAGGGAAGAAAUUCCAACUUCAUUUCAGAGUUCCAUUCUGGAGUCCAAUGACCAACAGAGCCAAAUUUAUCAAGGAGUUAAUUGGAAUACUAAAUUAAGGAGAGAAUCUCAGGAUGUAACAAAUAUGUCAGAGAUGACUGCUGGUGCUGCUGAAACUGCCUUCACUUCACAAACACUUUCUGAAACAAGAGUGAGUGGCAGAGAAAGAAAUUCAGCUUCAAUUUUGGUGGAUCUGGUUCAUGAGGGGAGACAAGAUGGUAGCGUAUCUGGAGAAAGAGUCAUUGAACAAGUUGGACAAAGAAAAGAGUCUCCAAGGAUAGUAAAAGCAUCAAGUUUCCCCAGGAGCACCACCAAGACACCAUUUCAUUCAAUUCCACAAGCAAGAGUGCAACAUAUGGGUGUAACAGCAGAAAAUGAUAGGAAUUCAAAGAUUAUGCUGACGCCUUCGCCAUCUCAAUUGGUAGGUGUGAGAACUGGGUAUGCAAGAAUACAGGCUUCUGGCGAGUUCUCAGAAAGUAGUUCUAGCUUUUUGUUUACACAUCCACCAACACAAAAUCCAGCUGCCCCCAAUGAAGUUAAUGUUGAAACUAGAACUGCUGAGACUUUUGGAGAGCAUUCAAGGAGAGAAUCUCAGGAUCUAACAAAUAUGUCAGAGAUGACUGCGGGUGCUACUGAAACUGCCUUCACUUCACAAACACUUUCUGAAACAAGAGUGAGUGGCAGAGAAAGAAAUUCAGCUUCAAUUUUGGUGGAUCUGGUUCAUGAAGGGAGACAUGAUGGUAGCGUAUCUGGAGAAAGAGUCAUUGAACGAGUUGGACUAAGGAAACAGUCUCCAAGGAUAGUAAAGGCAUCAAGUUUUCCCAAGAGCACCACCAAGACACCAUUUCAUUCAAUUCCACAAGCAAGAGUGCAACAUAUGGGUGUAACAGCAGAAAAUGAUAGGAAUUCAAAGAUUAUGUUGACGCCUUCGCCAUCUCAAUUGGUAGGUGUGAGAUCUGGGUAUGCAAGAAUACAGGCUUCUGGUGAGUUCUCAGAAAGUAGUUCUAGCUUUUUGUUUACACAUCCACCAACACAAAAUCCAGCUUCCGCCAAUGAAGUUAAUGUUGAAACUAGACCUGCUGAGACUUUUGGAGAGCAUUCAAGGAGAGAAUCUCAGGACCUAACAAAUAUGUCAGAGAUGACUGCUGGUGCUACUGAAACUGCCUUCACUUCACAAACACUUUCUGAAACAAGAGUGAGUGGCAGAGAAAGAAAUUCAGCUUCAAUUUUGGUGGAUCUGGUUCAUGAAGGGAGACAAGAUGGUAGCGUAUCUGGAGAAAGAGUCAUUGAACAAGUUGGACUAAGGAAAGAGUCUCCAAGGAUAGUAAAAGCAUCAAGUUUCCCCAGGAGCACCACCAAGACACCAUUUCAUUCAAUUCCACAAGCAAGAGUGCAACAUAUGGGUGUAACAGCAGAAAAUGAUAGGAAUUCAAAGAUUAUGCUGACGCCUUUGCCAUCUCAAUUGGUAGGUGUGAGAACUGGGUAUGCAAGAAUACAGGCUUCUGGCGAGUUCUCAGAAAGUAGUUCCAGCUUUUUGUUUACACAUCCACCAACACAAAAUCCAGCUUCCCCCAAUGAAGUUAAUGUUGAAACUAGAACUGAUGAGACUAUUGGAGAGCAUUCAAGUCUUGUGCUCCAUGAUGAUGCAUUGGAUGCAGCUAAUAAUUUUGAGAGGUCCUCCAGUCAGUUUGUUGGUGAGUUUGUGGAGAAGGUCCAAGAUGAAAUGUUGACAUCCAAAAUCCAGAAGGAAAGAAGUUCUGAUACUAUGUCAGUGUAUAAAGACGUGAAAUAUAUACAGCAGGGUCCCAGUCAACACGUAUCUGAGGGCUUGCAGUUGAAGAGGCCUGAUUCAAGGCGGUCAUCUGAUGUCUCUGGAUCAAAGGGGCCCGCAGAUGAAAUGUGGGAUGUCAUGGACCCAUCUUUGCAUGAAUCUUCUUGGAGAGAAGCACCUGAGGAAGGCACUUCCACAUCUGGGAGUGCCAUUGUCGGGAGAACCGGCAGGUCCUUCUGGGGUAUUAUUGCAGAUGUAGCUCGAAUGCGAUGGGGUUCUGAAAAUAGUAAUUCAGCUCUAAAAUCAGGUAGGAGUUCAUCAAAUGAGUCAUUUUACGGUGAGGCACGGUUCUCUGGGCAUGAGCCAGAUGAGAAUAAUUAUGAGGAUGUCAAAAAGCGACAAAGAGGCAUCCUAAAGGAACACAUAUCUGUUGGUCAACCCCAACCAGGUGAAGCUUCAACUCAAAUCGAAACAGAAGUGUCUGAAGAAAAAAUAUCCCUGAACAGAAUAUCCGGCAUUGAAGCUGAUACUUCAUCCUAUUCUGGUGACAUAGAAAGAGGUAUUACACGCCAAGGUUCUUCUUUGGCAUCUGUAGAAGAGAGAUCUGGUUGGAAAGAAGACGGAGGGAGUGAUCUAGCCAUUCCUUCGUCUAUUGCACCGGUGGACUCAUCAUUACCAUUGCCUACUAGACGCUUCAUAAGAUCUCCAGUCAUAGAACGGAUACCUGAGAGCAGUAAAGCUGAGGUAUCUAGGAGUGCUGUUAAGGAGCAUAUGGAGCAACCCACCAGGGAGAAGUUAACUGAAGUCCAUAGUACUGAUGGAAAGGAUGCUGAACUCAAAAGGAGGAAGCUUCAGCGGAAUAAGCAGGUACCAAAAGAUAGAUUUGAUGAAUGGGAAAAAGCAUAUAAGCUAGAAACUGAACAGAGAAAAGUUGAUAUAAUGUUCAUGAGAGAAGCACUGUUGGAAGCCCAGAGGGCUGCUGAUAUUUGGGAAGUACCUGUUGGUGCAGUGCUGGUGCGAAAUGGAGAAAUUAUUGCUCGUGGCUGCAAUUUAGUGGAGGAAUUAAGAGAUUCAACUGCCCAUGCGGAGAUGAUUUGUAUAAGGGAAGCAUCUAACCUACUCCAGACUUGGAGACUUUCGGAUACAACUCUUUAUGUAACACUUGAACCCUGUCCAAUGUGUGCUGGCGCAAUUCUUCAAGCUAGAAUUGAUACUGUGGUAUGGGGAGCUCCCAACAAGCUUCUUGGUGCUGAUGGCAGCUGGGUUAGGCUAUUCCCUAGUGGGGGUGAUGGAGGAAGUCGUUCAGAUCUGACGAAUCAACCUGCUGGGCCAAUCCACCCAUUUCACCCAAAGAUUACGAUCCGGCGAAGGGUCUUGGAGACAGAGUGCGCAGAGGUGAUGCAACAGUUCUUCCAUCUAAGGAGAAUGAAAAAGGAGCCUAAACCAGAGCCUAAACCAGAGCCUCCAUGCCUGCCUGUUUCAACCCAUCCAUCAAAAUUCUUUUCCAAGAUACAUGAUAUGUUUAGCAUCAUGUUCUGCUUGUAACGAUAGGAAAGUAAAGAUUACUUCUUCUUUGCCUUAAAACUGUAAAAUUAUGUUGGAAAUUAUAUUAUUCUUUAUCAUGUAUUUUAAAAAAUAUUUUCUUUUGGUGUAUCUAACA